AGCAGACAAGAUUUGCAGCAGCUCAAGGGCCUUCUCAGGAUGGCGGCAUAUGGAGGUAGCAAUGGGCUGACGCCAGAGGUGGUGUCUUUCGCGCAAAAGUAUGGGCUCGCCGCCACAGCGCAGGAAGAGUUGCAGAAGCUGCUGAACGCAUCAGUGAGCCUGGCCCAGCGCCGGGUGACGGUCUCGGUGCCGGCCACGGUGGCGAACCUGGGGCCGGGCUUAGAGGUCGUGGGCAUGGCUGUCGAUAUCUGGGAUGAGUUCACCUUGGAGUUCUCAGAUCACUUCUCUGUGGAGCUCCGGGGGCCCGACAGUCCAGAGGUGCCUCGAAAUGAGGAGAACUUGGUCGUGCAAGGUGCUGCCAACGCUUUCAAGGACGCCUGCAGGCCUUUUCCAACCAUGCGCUUUAUUUGUGAGCAUCGAAUACCCUAUGACAAGGGCCUUGGCGCAGCGAGCGCCUCCUUUGUGGGCGGCUACCUAGCGGGGUCGGUGCUCUGUGCCGAGGAGCUUCGGCAUCUCCCCCCGACGGAGGCCAAGCGUCGGGACCGUGCCAAUUCCAGAGAGGUCCUUGAUGUGGUGGACUGCCAAGCUCCCACGAAUGUGGCCGGCGUAGAGGCGUUGCUGCAAGCGGCGAUAGCUCGAGGGUGGAACCCUGGAAAUGUGUGCCCUGCAAUUUAUGGUGCUUUGCAGAUUGGAAUCCAUACUCCAUCUGGCAUGCGAUCCCACCGGGUACCGAUUCCGCAUGGCCUUGUUCUCUGCCUCUUCGUGCCGGAUGGGAAGGAGGAGGAUGUUGGUUUGGACAUUGAGAUGGUUGAACGGCAGAAGGCGAUCUUUAACGUCGGACGAUGUGCGCUACUGAUCAAUGUGUUUUGCACCCAAGAGUUCUCCAAGUUUCAGAAGUUUCAGAAGGCCUCGGAGGAUUCACUUGGGAUGACGCAGAUCUCGGAGAAGUUCCCGUACAUUAAAUCCGUUUGCCAGGCUGCCUUAGCUGCUGGUGCUGCGGGAGCCUGCGCCGCUGGCUACGGACCAUCAGUUCUGGCCUUGAUGCAAGGCCGCACUGGUGAUGUCCUGGCCCAGUCUGCUUCGAAUCAGCUCGAGCAAGAUGUGGCCAAGGCCAUGCUGAGGGCUGCCGAGGAGAGCUCGGUCACGGGCCAAAUUCUCAUUGCAAAGCCCUGCGAUGUGGGCGCUCACGUGAUCGCGCAGAAGUCCGCGCUGGGGCCGGCGGACGAGACGUCGCGGAUCUCAUACUUCCAGUAGUCAGGCCUCGGCGCCGUCUGAUGGCCAAGGCCGAGGGGCGGAAAACACCUGGGGGGUGGAGCGCAGUGAACAGACGAUGGAACGG